AAAUUUGGAAGUGAGAUUCAAUUCCACAGAGAGAGGCCCCGGAGGGAGAGAGAGAGAGAGUGAGAUGACGACGUCGAAGUUGGAAGUAAGCGAGAGCUCCUGCGACAUCUCUCGGUUCCAUCACACCCCAUUUUACUGUGAGGAGAAUGUGUACUUGCUUUGCAAGGAGCUGUGCAAAAAGGGCAUCGCAGAUGCACAGGGUUCUGAUCUUUUCGUUGUUUUCAUUUCCAAUGACAAGAAACAGAUCCCGUUGUGGCGCCAGAAGGCCAGCAAUCGAGCGGAUGGGGUUGUUCUGUGGGAUUAUCAUGUCAUUUGCGUGCAGAAAAAAGGCAGUGGUGACACACCCGCAACACAUUUAGUGUGGGAUUUGGAUUCGAGUCUUGCAUUUCCUUGUCCUUUAGCAACCUAUGUCUUGGAAACGUUCUGCCCCUCGUUUCAGACCUUUUCUGAAUUGCGAAGGUGUUUCCGGAUUGUGCAUGCCCCAAUAUUCCUUCGUUUCUUUGCCUCUGAUAGAAGACACAUGAAAGAUUCUAAUGGAAAUUGGCUUCGUCAACCUCCUCUCUAUCAGCCUAUUGUUGCGCAGGAUGGGACUGUACACAACCUGGAUGGUUACUUUCAGAUCCAUGCUACAGAUGCGGUGACAGGAACAGGAGUUGACGUGACCAAUGCAGUUUUUACUGAAAAGCUUGGUGUGGUCGUAACAGAAAAUCAGCUGGAGGAGUUCUUUUCCCAGAUUCCUUAAUGUAUGGUAAUUCUCGUCAGCUGGUAUAUGUAAAGCCUUUAUUUUCUGGCUUCCAACUGAGUGAGUUACUGCAUCGCAUUUGGGAUUAGUUCAUUCCAGCUGCAUUUUCCUUUCUCUUCGAUGCUUCUGAGAAUUGGAUUUCGCCUUAAAGACUGUAUAGAGCAUUGCAUCUUUAACUUGAAUGACAAGUACCAAAGUUUUCAUUCUGUGCAAGUCUUGAGGCAGGAAGUUGAUUAUUGUUUAGUAAGAUUUUUAUUUUAUUUUGUUAUGAGACGGGUCUAAUAUUUACACAUAAAAAUUUGAUUAGCGGACAGCCUUCGUUCUAU